AUGCCCCAGAGUGAGGAUUGCCUGAAGUUGAACAUUUGGGCGCAGGAUACGUCACAGAAGAAGAAACCCGUGUUACUUUGGAUUCAUGGAGGACGUAGGUCUAUUUUUAUACCUUCUCUAAUAGAUAUCAAUCGGGUUAACGGAUCUUGCAAUGUUCUAGGCUUUUCCCUCGGUAGCACAAACAACCCCUUUUAUCAGGGUCAAUACAUUGGCGAUAAGGAGGGUAUUAUCGUGGUGUCAAUGAAUUACCCUGGUGCGCCAGGCUCUCCUUGGAAAAUUGCACUGCUUGAUCAGCGUAUGGCAAUAAAAUGGAUUCGAGAUAACAUUGCGGCUUUCGGGAGUGAUCCUUGCCGUAUUACUCUAGCCUGUCACCCGGCUGGUGGAGUUACGGUUGAUUACUAUACGUAUAACUAUAUUGAGGACCCUAUUGUCUAUGCUGUCGUACCUAUGCCUGGCAGUGCUAUAAGCUUUUUGCCUAAUACCCCAGAACAGUCUGAGAAAUACUACAAUCUGCAACUACCGCCAGUGUUCCGCCCAACUAUCGAUGAGAAGCUCGUCUUUUCGAACUAUGAAGAGCGUGCAGCUAAGAGAAUGUUUGCUAUGAUAGUAAGUUUAACCCACGCCUUGAAUAUCACCACGAUAAGUGAAAAGGCGUGGCAUUUGUUUAACUUGGCUGGAUUCACGUGCUCGAAUGCGAGGGAAGCAAGUUACCGCUCGGCAAUGUGUGUCCCAACCCAGUUAUAUAUAUAUAUUAGCGAAUGGCCUAAUUCAAUUCUAUUCCCAGAGAGUGGAUCAUACCACGGCUCUGACGUGGCUCAAUUAUUUGGCACAUCAGAGGAUAUCAGCAAUGGAACUGCAAACACUGAGACCGAAGUAAAAUCCUCAGCGUAUAUGAUGCAUGCCUUUAUGGGUUUUGCAGCAGAUCCUCGUAAGGGAUUAUCAAGAUUUGGAUGGCCCAUAUACAGGAUCAAUGGAAGGGGUGUGCAGAUGAAUUCCAUACACUAG